AUGGCGGAGGAAGGAGCCGUGGCCGUCUGCGUGCGGGUCCGCCCGCUCAACAGCAGAGAAGAAGCUCUUGGAGAAGAUACGCAAGUUUAUUGGAAAACUGGCAAUAAUGCUAUUUAUCAAGUGGAUGGGAGUAAAUCCUUUAAUUUUGAUCGUGUCUUUGAUAGUAAUGAAACCACUAAAGAUGUUUAUGAAGAAAUAGCAGUGCCCAUCAUAGAUUCUGCCAUACAAGGCUACAAUGGUACUAUAUUUGCCUAUGGGCAGACUGCUUCAGGAAAAACAUAUACUAUGAUGGGUUCAGGAGAUUAUUUGGGAGUAAUACCCAGAGCAAUUCAUGAUAUUUUCCAAAAAAUUGAGAAGUUUCCUGACAGGGAAUUUCUCCUGCGUGUGUCCUACAUGGAGAUCUACAAUGAGACCAUCACAGACUUACUGUGUGACACUCGGAAAAUGAAGCCUCUAAUAAUCCGGGAGGACUGCAACAGGAAUGUAUAUGUAUCUGACCUCACAGAAGAAGUUGUUUCUACAUCAGAAAUGGCUUUGAAGUGGAUCAGAAAGGGAGAAAAGAAUAGACAUUAUGGAAUUACAAAAAUGAAUCAAAGAAGCAGUCGUUCUCAUACCAUUUUUAGGAUGAUUUUGGAAAGCAGAGAGAAAGGCGAACCUUCUAAUUGUGAAGGAUCUGUCAAGGUGUCCCACUUGAAUUUGGUUGAUCUUGCAGGCAGUGAAAGAGCUGCUCAAACAGGUGCUGAAGGUGUGCGACUUAAGGAAGGCUGUAAUAUAAAUCGAAGUUUAUUUAUUUUGGGACAAGUGAUCAAGAAACUUAGUGAUGGACAAGUUGGGGGUUUCAUAAAUUAUCGAGAUAGCAAAUUAACACGAAUUCUCCAGAAUUCCUUGGGAGGAAAUGCCAAAACACGUAUUAUCUGCACAAUUACUCCAGUGUCUUUUGAUGAAACUCUUAGUACUCUCCAGUUUGCCAGUACUGCUAAAUAUAUGAAAAAUACUCCUUAUGUAAAUGAGGUAUCAAGUGAUGAAGCUCUCCUGAAAAGAUAUAGAAAAGAAAUAAUGGACCUUAAAAAACAGUUAGAGGAGGUUUCUAUAGAGACUCGAGCCCAGGCAAUGGAAAAAGACCAAUUGGCUCAACUUUUGGAAGAAAAAGAUGUGCUUCAAAAAGUGCAGAUUGAGAAAAUUCAAAAUUUAACACGAAUGCUGGUGACCUCUUCUUCCCUCACAUCACAACAGGAAUUAAAGGCAAAAAUAAAACGAAGAGUCACUUGGUGCCCUGGCAAAAUUAACAAAAUGAAGGAAUCAAACUAUGUAAAUGAGUUUAAUAUGCCAGUAAAUACAAUAAAAAGACAAAGGAGUGGUGUAACUUCUAUAGGAGAAAUUGAUGAAUCUGUCUGUUCAGAGGCUGAUGUUUUCAGUAACACCCUUGAUACAAUAACGGAUAUAGAGUGGAAUCCAGCAACAAAGCUACUAAGUCAGGAAAACUUAGAAAGUGAGUUGAAUUCACUUCGUGCUGACUAUGAUAAUCUGGUGUUGGACUAUGAAAAACUAAGAAAAGAAAAUGAAGAAAUGGAAUUGAAAUUAAAAGAAAAGAAUGAUUUGGAUGAAUUUGAGGCUCUAGAAAGAAAAGCAGAAAAAGAUCAAGAGAUGCAACUAAUUCAUGAAAUUUCGAACUUAAAGAAUUUAGUUAAGCAUGCAGAAGUAUAUAAUCAGGAUCUUGAGAAUGAACUAAGUUCAAAAGUAGAUCUACUUAAUGAAAAAGAAGACCAAAUUAAAAAAUUACAGAAAUACAUAGACUCUCAGAAUUCAGAAAGUGUGAAAACAGACUUGUCAUACUCAUCGGAAGACACCGGAGAUCUAAAACAGAAGAAACAAACUCAGCUUGAUGCUGAAAUUGUAGCCCUUGAUGCCAAGAGAGAAUCAGCCUUUCUUAGGAGUGAAAAUCUGGAGCUAAAAGAGAAAAUGAAAGAACUUGAAAGUAUGUGCAAGCAAAUGGAAAGUGAUAAUCGGUUACAUCAAAGCCGGUUGGAGGCAAAAGAGAAGAUACAAGUUGAUCUGGAGAAAGAAUUACAAUAUUCUUUUAAUGAGAUAACAAAACUCAACUCCCUUUUAGAUGGCAGAGUUCCAAAAGAUUUGCUCUGUAAUUUGGAAUUGGAAAGAAAGAUUACAGAUCUCCAGAAAGAACUGAAGAAAGAAGUUGAAGUAAAUGAAGCUUUGCAUGAAAAAGUUAAUUUGCUCUCAGAAUUGAAAUCUUUACCUUCAGAAGUAGAAGUGCUAAGGAAAGAGGUGAAUGAUAAAUCUGAAGAGCUAUAUCUAGUAACAUCAGAAAAAGACAAAUUGUGUUCUGAAGUAGUUCAUAAGGAGAGUAGAAUUCAAGAUUUACUUGAAGAAAUUAAGAAAACUAAAGAUGACCUUGCAACUACCCAAUUGAAUUAUAAAAACAUGGAUCAAGAAUUCCAAGAUUUUAAAAAUUAUCAUAUUGAAUUUGAACAAAAGUAUAACGUGGUCCUUGAAGAGAAUGCAAGAAUAAAUCAGGAAAUAGAAAAUCUCUCUAAAGAAUCUCAAAAACUUGGUUUAACUUUGGAUGACUUAAAGGCAGAGCUUUCUCAGAAAACCCAAGAACUUCAGCAAAGUCAAGAAAGGUUAAAUGAAGUGGAACAGCUGAAGGAACAAUUACAAAGUAGAGAUUCCAGGCUGCAAACUAUAGAAAGGGAGAAAUUACUGACUACUGAGAAACUUCACCAUACCUUAGAAGAAGUAAAGAUCUUAACCCAAGAAAAAGACUAUUUAAAACAACUCCAAGAGAGCCUGCAAGUUGAGAGAGACCAGCUGAAAAGUGACAUUGAGGAUACCGUAAACAUGAACAUAGACACCCAAGAACAAUUACGAAAUGCUCUUGAAUCUUUGAAACAACACCAAGAAACUAUCAACACUCUGAAAAUGAAGAUUUCCGAGGACAGCUCCAAGAAUUUGCCUGUAAAGAAAACCAUAAGAGAAACUAAGGAUGAAUUUCAGGAAGAGAUCCAAGAGGCUCAAGAUAUACCAGAACAGUCCUUUAAUGUACAGGAAAAAGACAAUGAGAUAAAGGAAAUAAUCAGUGAGAUGGAGCAAUUGAAGGAGCAACUCCAAGCUAAAGAGUCAGCACUGCUAAGAUUAGAAAAGGAAAAACUCAACUUGUCUGAGAGACUUCAAGAAAGUCAUCAGGAAGUGAAAUCUAUAGCUAAGGAGAGAGAUGACCUACAGAGGCUGCAGGACACUCUUCAGUCUCAAAGUGACCAACUGAAAGAAAACGUAAGAGAAAUCACAGCUAAGCACCUAGAAACUGAAGAGGAACUCAAAGUUGCUCAUUGUCGCCUGGAAGAACAGGAGGAAAUUAUUGAUACGCUGAGAGUGAAUCUUUCAGAGAAAGAAACUGAACUAUCAAGUUUCCAAAAGGAAUUAGAAACAAUAUCUGAAUUACAGCAAAAGAUGCAAGAGCUUCAUGUAAAACAGGAACAACUUAUUUGCUUCAAAGAAAUUAGUGAGACUCAGGAAAAAAUGAAUGAAUUGGAACAAUUAAAGGAGCAACUCAAAGCCAAAGAUUCAUCACUAGAAAGUUUAGAAAGCCAGAGGCUCGAGUUAAUUGAGAGACUUCAGAAAAGUGAGGAAGAAAUGAAAAUUAUAAUUAAAGAAAGAGAUGAACUGAAAAGGGUGCAAGAGGCCCUUCAAAUGGAGAGAGACCAACUUAAAGAAAACAUUGAAGAACUUGUAGCUGAAAGACAAAAAAUGAAAGAGGAACUAAAAACUACUGACAUUCUUCUGAAGGAGUACCAAGAAACUAUUAGUACAAGGAAUAUUUCAGAGAAGACAGAUCAAGGAGCAAAUAUUCAGAGAAAUUUGGAAAAUUCAGAUGCUGAAUUAUGGGGAAAGAUUCAAGAAUUUCCAGUAAAAGAAUAUCAGCUUGAGAUGAAAGCUGUAAAUGAGAUUGAGGAGAAAAUAUGUGAAAUAGAAUACUUGAAGAAACAAUUUGAAACCCAAAAGUCAACUGUGGAAAACCUAGAAAUAGAGAACAUCAGGUUAACUCAGAGACUCCAGGAUAACCUUGAAGAAAUGAGAUCUAUUACAAAAGAAAGAGAUGACCUUAGGAGUACUGAGGAGACUCUCAAAGGAGAGAGAGACCAGCUCAAGGAAAACCUAAAAGAAACUGUGACUAGAGACCUGGAAAAACAAGAGAAACUAAAAAUUGCUCACAAACAUCUGAAGGAGCAUGAGGAAAUUAUUGAUGUACUCCGAAAGACUGUUUCUGAGAAAACAAAUGAAAUAUCAAAUAUGCAAAUAGAUAUAGAAAACAAAAAUAGUGCCUUAAAAGCACAGAUCCAAGAAGUUCAGGAGAAAGAACAUCAUCUUCUUGAGGUAAAAAAUGAUCUCAAGGAAACUAUGUAUCAAGCAGAGCAAUUAAAGAAGCAAUUGGAGGCACAGAAUUCAAUCUUGGAAAGUACAGAAACAGAGAAAUUAAAGUUGACUCAGAAACUUAAUGAAAACCUUAAAGAACUAAAAUGUGUUGCUACGGAAAGAGAUAGCCUAAGGAGAAUGGAGGGAACCCUCAGAAUGGAGCGAGACCAGCUCAGAGAAAGCCUCAGAGAAGUAGAAGCUAAAAUCCAAGAACUUACGGCAAAUGAACAUCAACUCUUAAAGUUAAAAGAAGAAAUCAGUGAGACGCAGAAGAAAAUGUCUGAAAUGGAGCAAUUAAAGAAUCAAUUCAAAGCCCAAAGUGUAACUCUGGGUAAAAUAGAAAUGGAGAAUUUAAAUUUGGCUCAGAAGCUUCAUGAAAACCUUGAAGAAAUGAAAUCUGUAAUGAAAGAAAGAGAUCAUCUAAGGAGAGUAGAAGAAACUCUCAAACUGGAAAGAGACCAGCUCAAGGCAAAUCUGCAAGAAACCAUAGUUAGAGAUCUGGAAACACAAAAGGAAUUAAAAAUUGCUCGUAUUCAUUUGAAAGAGCACCAAGAAACUAUUGAUAAAUUCAGAGAAAGUGUUUCAGAAAAAACAACUCAGAUCUCAAAUAUUCAAAAGGAUCUUAAUAAAUCAAAAGAUGAUUUACAGAUAAAGGACCAACAGAACAACAAAGAAAUAGUAAAACCUGAAAAAACGUUACUGUGUGAUGAAAAAGAGCACCCUACAGAAAGCCUGAGAGAAAAGUGCUUUAGGAUAAAAGAGCUUCUGAAGAGAUACUCAGAGAUGGAUAACCAUUAUGAAUUCUUACAUAGAUUGUCUCUUGACUUGGAGAAGGAAAUUGAAGCCCAAAAACAGCUUUCAGUUAAAAUAAAAGCAAACCUCUCACUUCCAUUUCCACAAACCAAAGAGAUUCAAAAACUUCUCACUGUAAACCAAAGGUGUUCCAUGGAAUUCCACAGAGUCAUGAAGAAUCUAAAGUAUGCUUUAAGCAAUGUUAUAAUGAUAAAGAAAGAACAGCAUGAAUCCAUCAAUAAAUUUGAAAUGGUUUUCAUUGAUGAAGUGGAAAAACAAAAUGAGCUGAUAAGUCAACUUGAGCAUCUUCCACAAGGUUAUGAUGUAUCAUCCAAAGAAUUAAGGGACCUCAAAUUGAGCAAGAAGGUGGAUCUACAUAUUCAGGAAAUUCUCAAAGAUUUUUCAGAAAGUGAUUACCACAUCAUAAAGACUGAAUUUCAACAAGUACUCAGUAAUAGGAAAGAAAUAACCCACUUUUUGGAAGAAUGGUUGAAUACUCAUUUUGAUAUAGAAAAGCUUAAAAGUGGCAUCCAGAAAGAAAACGAUAGGAUUUUUCAAGUGAAUAAGUUAUAUAAUAACAGAAUAAUUACUAUAGUAAAUGAAUCAACAGAAUUUGAGGAAAGAAAUGCUACUCUAGCCAAAGAAUGGGAACUUGACCUGAAAUUAGUGAGAGAGGAAAAUGAAAAACUGUUUAAAAUCUACCAAACUUUGAAGCUCUCUCAGACACCUGGUGCCCCUGCUAAUCCUACUACACAAGACGAUAAGAAUUUUCAUGUUACAUCGAGAGUCACACAGCCAAUCACAGAGAAAAUUCAAGAGCUGGAAGCUUCACUGCAUGAAGCUAAAGAAAGUGCUAUACAUAAGGAAGACAUGAUUAUAAAGAUGCAGAAAGAACUUCAGAUGACUUAUGAUAUGAUAGCAAAACUUCAAGCACAAGUUAAGGAAUCAAAUAAAUGCCUUGAGAAAACAAAAGAAAUGACCCAAGAACUUCAGGACAAAGUUUCUUUAGGAGCUAAACCCUAUAAAGAAGAAAUUGAAGAUCUCAAAAUGAAACUGGUGAAAACAGAUCUAGAGAAUAAGAAAAUUGUCAAGGAGCUUGAAAAGGAAAUUGCUUCUACAAAAGCCACUGUAGAAUAUCAAAAAGAAGCUAUAAGGUUAUUGAGAGAAAAUCUUAGAAGAAGUCAACAAGCCCAAGAUACCACAAUGGUACUAGAAGUUAAUGAUUCUAAACCUUCCAACAAACCCCUCACAUGUGGGGGUGGCAGUGGCAUUGUUCAAAGCACAAAAGCUCUUAUUUUGAAAAGUGAAAAUGUACGACUGAAAAAGGAGAUUUCUAAGUUGAAGCAGCAUAAUGAACAGCUAAUAAACCAAAAGAAUGAACCAUUAAGCAGUAAUCAUCUUUCCAAUGAGGCUCUCAAAGAUGUAACUUGUGAGAAUUCUCCAAGGACUCCAAAAAGAACAGCUUCUGAAAAGAGACACCGUACGCCUUCUCAGUGCAAGGAGCAGAAUUUACAAGAUCCCGUGCCAAAGGAAUCACCAAAAUAUCGGUUUUUUGACAGCCGGUCGAAGUCCUUUCCAGUACCCCAUCCAGUUCGCUAUUUUGAUAACUCAAAUUUAGGCCUUUGUCCAGAAGAGCCAACUGCUGGAGGGGAGAACAUGGCUCCUCAGCCGGCUGACUGUCAGGGCUUCUCAGAAAAGGACCUGCCCGAGUGCAAGAUGCAGUAG